AAGAGGUGGAGGAUCAAACCAGAAGCGUACGCCAGUGGGUAGCAAAACAGCUCUGACAGGUGGCUGUGUAACAAGGGAAGCGGUAAACAAAAGGAAAAGCAUGAAGAACGAAGGUAUAGAGGGGACAGAGCGGUUUCUUAGCCCAGACAGGGGUCGAGGCCUUCGGGCGUUGAGGCAGUUCGCUGUGGGGGAGUUGGUGUUCGCUUGCCCAGCUUACUCGUACGUACUGACGGAGACAGAGAGAGGAGCGCACUGCGAGCACUGCUUCACCAGGAAAGAAGACUUGUUUAAAUGCGGCAAAUGUAAGCAGGCCUACUAUUGCAAUGUUGACUGCCAGAGAGGCGAUUGGCCCAUGCACAAACUGGAGUGUGUUGCCAUGUGUGCCUACGGGGAGAACUGGUGUCCUUCGGAGACGGUCAGACUAGUGGCCAGAAUCAUCAUGAAACAGCGAGUCACAACGGAGCGCACGCCCUCGGAAAGACUACUGCUGCUCAAGGAGUUUGAAGCACAUUUGGAUAAAAUGGACAGUGAGAAGGAGGAAAUGAACCAGACAGAUGUCGCUGCCCUACGGCACUUCUACUCCAAACACAUCAGCGACCUCCCAAAUGAACAGUCCCUCACUGAGCUCUUUGCACAGGUGAACUGCAAUGGCUUCACCAUAGAAGAUGAGGAGCUCUCACAUUUGGGAUCAGCUGUUUUUCCUGAUGUAGCACUGAUGAACCACAGCUGCAGUCCAAAUGUCAUCGUGACCUACAAAGGCACAGUGGCUGAGGUCAGAGCUGUGAAGGAGAUCAGCCCCGGAGAGGAGAUCUUUAACAGUUACAUUGACCUGCUCUACCCCACAGAGGACCGCAUGGAACGGUUGUUAGACUCCUACUUCUUCACAUGCCAGUGUACAGAGUGCACCACCAAGUCCAAGGACAAAGAAAAGAUGGAAGUUCGGAAGCUUAGCUCCGGAGCACCAGAGCCAGAAGAAAUCCGAUCCAUGGUCCGUUAUGCCAAGAAUGUCAUCGAGGAGUUCAGGAGAGCGAAACACUAUAAGAGCCCGAGCGAGCUGCUGGAGAUGUGCGAACUCAGCCAGGAGAAGAUGGGUGCCAUAUUUGCGGAUACCAACGUCUACAUGCUGCACAUGAUGUAUCAGUCCAUGGGUGUCUGUCUCUACAUGCAGGACUGGGACGGAGCUAUGAACUAUGGAGAGAAGAUUGUUCACCCAUACAGUGUGCACUAUCCGGCCUACUCCCUAAAUGUGGCGUCCAUGUAUCUGAAACUGGGCCGCUUGUAUUUGGGGCUGGAAAAGAAGACACAAGGAGUCAAAGCACUAAAGAAGGCGCUGGCCAUCAUGGAGGUAGCUCAUGGCAAAGAUCACCAUUAUGUCGCAGAAGUCAAACGAGAAAUUGAAGAGCAGAAGUGAGGGAGGAAAAAUAAGGGUCAAAGAGAUGGAAGAUUUUAAAAAGCAACAAACCCUGACGGCAUGGCAUGCAUGCAUCUUUUACCUCUUUGUUUGACACUUACCCAUUUUCUUCAAGCCUCUUCAGUGGGAAUUGUCUUUAUUAUUUUUAUUAUCACAGCUACAUAGUUUGGCUGAGGAUUACUGUACUGGCACCUUCAUCAGCAACCCAACAAGAUGGUCAUUUAUACUGUAACAGAAAAGAAUUUUGACCCUGGCUUGUCAGCUGCCUUGGGAGGAAUUGAGAUUUUGAAGGGUUGGCUCCUUAAGGGAUAAGUCUUGACUGGACUUGGCAUCAACCUGUGUUCAAACUGCACAAUCUCCUUCCACUGCGGAUGUGAAACGCUCGUACAUUUCGUUUAAAUUAUAUCAUGCAUCAGUGUUUCUUGCUUCUUUUCAUUUUUGUUUGGUUGCUCAUAUAAAAAACACAUCAGGAGGUACUCUGUAGCAACUGACGAGAAAAUGCAAACUGUUCCUGGGUCAGUAUUCGUUUUGUUUGUGUUGGUCUUGUUUGCUCGUUUGACUGUACUUUUAAGAAAAAGAGAGUUUGCAUGUUUUAUAGUUCAUGUUGUUGUCUUUUGUUUUCUUUUUAUAUCAGGCUUGUUGACCAAAAGCGCCACGGGUUAUAGUCAAUUGUUUGACCACAAUAUUAGGUACACCUGCACAAUCUAACGAGAAGAAACAUUUUACUAUGAUGUAGUGCAGUUGUACACCACUACACCACAAUAAUAAACAUUGUUAAAUGCAUACCCAUCUGACAUUGCAUAAUUAUAUUCUAUUUCAAAGUUUUAUUGUGCACUUGUAGCUAAUGGAGUGUACUUUUCAGUCAUUUUAUAGCCACUGCAGAAGUGAGACAGUGUUGCUUUGGGGCAAAAGUGUAGCUGUUUUUGCCUGUUUGUCAAGCAAAGGCAAACAGUAUUUUAGCAUUUUAUUGUUCCCUCUUGUCUAAACGUUUGUGAAGCUCAUCAUGGACAGUGAGAUGCGAACAUUAUUUCAUUACUAGCUUAAAGGAAAGAGUGUAAAGACGUACUGGCUCUAGGAGGAAUAGAAACUUUAAUAUUAAAGGCUUUUGGAAAUAAUUGGGGAUAAUCAAAGCUGAAGAAUAUUACAUUUAUACUGGGCUUUAGCAUGUUGCAUUCGGAUGUCGCAUAAGAAGUUAUUUUCAAAUGAUAUGAUGUUCAUGUCAUUCUCCUAGUGGACCUUUACUUCAUCCAUUGCCAGUAUGUCUCAGUAGCUUUUCCAUCUUCCCUCUUAAUGGGUCCAACUAAACCUCUUGUCAUGAGGUGUUAAAAUUUGUAGCAAUUGACCGCUUUCCGCCUGUAAAAAGAAAGAAAAGACUACACACUGAGGUGCCUGUCCUGCUGCCUUCUUUGCAGCACAAUGAAAAGUAUUAACAAAUCCAUUUAAGGGCUGUCAGUGAGUAAGCAUUUAAAUAGUUUUAAUAGUUCCAAUGAUGUCAUGAAAGAGAAAAUCUGUAUGGCACAAACAAAUACUGUACCCCAAUCAACAUAAAUGCUGCACGAACACAAACAUUUUGGGUAUAUGUGACAAGCUGCUACUUUGUCAAGCAUGAAUGUUUAGAGUAAUAUGGAAUGCAGAUAAAUUCUGACCCUCUCUGUAUUAUGUCAGUGAAUUCCAAUAAAAUAACAGUAUGGCACUCA